AUGUAUGAACCAAAUAAUAAACAUUAUAAAGCCGGUUAUAACUUGGGAUUUAAUUCUAUUGGAAACAAUGGCUCUUCGCAAGAAGUCCCUCCCUUACCUUUGCCAAGUAAGAAUUCGAAACGUGGUAGAAAGAUAAUUUCAGCUCUCUUACUUGAAGGUGAAGCUGUGAAAUCAAAUACACAAUUUAAUUCUAAUGUUUUUUCAGACAAUGAUUUAAAAAAAAAUAAACCCAAGGCAGUACCCGAAAAAAAUACGAUUGAAAAUCCACCUGUUACGUCACCACAAGCCUUGCAACGUAGUCAUACAACUGUUAAAUAUCAAGUUCGUGAAAUUCCAUCAGUAAAUAUCGGCGAAUUCGAAGGCAAACUUUUAGGUUCUCCAAAUGAUGGUGUAGCAGAAGAAUUCAAUUGUGCUGCAAUGUUUGAUAAACAAUAUCUAAUCCUUGGAAAUAAUUAUGGUUUAUAUGUAAUGGAUUUUUCGGUUCGUUACGACAUGAUGAAACCAAUACCAUUAUUACGUGGAAGUUCAUUCAAGAAAUUACAAAUCCUUGAUGAUUAUGGUGUCAUGAUUGCCAUUGCGGGAAAGAAACAAAUGAUACGAGUGUAUCGAUUGGAUUCAUUAUUACACUUGAUUAAAUUCGUAAUUAAAUCUAAAUCUGGAACAAUUGUGGAUUUUUCGAAAGCACCACCUUUUCUAAAAAAAUUUAAAGAUACAUUACAAAGAUGUGAAAAGUGUGGUCAACAGAUAGAUGAAAUUCGAGAUAAAAAAUCUAAUUCUGAUAAUUACAAUUCAAUUUGUUCAAAUUGUAAAUUCUUAUCUGAACCUUCAGAUUCUUUGACCACGUCUCCAAAUGACUCUCCAACUACUGGAAAAUUUCAUCAACGAACUAUAUCAAAUAUAUCUUCUUAUAUUCAAAAUCGUUUAAACGUUUCACUUGAUAAUAUGGAUAUUGGUACAGAAGAAAAAUCCACUGUCUGGGGUUGGGCAACAGAUUAUGUAAAAUUGGCAGAAUAUGGCAAGGAUUGUGUGACCUUCGAUAUUAAAGAAACCAAGAAUUACGUUUAUUUAACGAUAGCUAACGUUAAUCAUGCAAUUGCUGUAUAUUCUUGUCCUGUGGAAUUUAGACAUAAAUCAGAUUUUAAAUUUGAAUUUGUACAAGCAUAUUUUAUUCCGGAAACACCAAAAUUUAUUAAUGUAGUUACGGAUUCUUUUAUUAUCAAACAAAUUAUUAUUGGAUUGGAAACCAGUAAAGUAGUAGUUAUGGAUUGUCAUUCUAACGCCGUGACAGAACCUAAUUUUAGAAAAAUUUUACUUCCUCGUGAUGAAGAACCAUGUUUUGUGGGUUUUACACAAAUUCCACUUUCAUGUUCUUUUGAUUUCCUUUUCGAAAAUCCUUUUAAACAAGAACCUCGAAAUAUUAUUCCCUUAACAUCUACACAAAAUACAUUAAUAACACCCAAAUCAUCACCACCUGAUAUCUCAAAUGCUUCCGUUACUCACUCUCAAUUAACUCACGACUUAUCUUCGGCCAAUAGUUUAUUAAAAAGAUCAACAAACAAUAGAUCACGUAGAAUUGGAUCCCAUUCGGGGGAUUUUGAUGUAUCCGAUUCAUUCGAAAAAAGGAAGUCACGUCGUCGUUCAGCAGGUUUGCGACUUGAAUCCAAAUCAGAAGUUGUAGGUGAUCCAAUGUCACCACCUCUUUCACCAGAUGCAACUUCAGAUACGUCAUCAAUCAUGACUAACCUUCUUUCACAUACGGACUCUUUUGAUACCACUAUUUCAACAAAGAAUAAUAAUGUGAAUGGUAAUUCAUUAAUAGAAAAACCAUUACCAGGACAAGUAUUCGUUUGUACAAUUUCCAACAUUUCACAUAUUGUAAACAUUAACGGGGAACCCUAUAACAAUUGUAAUUCAAUUCGUUGGUCAUCCAUACCUGAUCAUGUUUCACUUUUACCAACAUUUAAUGAUAUCUUCGUUAUAGCAUUUGAAAAGCAAUUGGUUGAAGUGGGUUCAAUGAAAACUGGUAGAAUCGUUAAAACCGUAGUAAACGGGGCACGCGUUAAAUAUUUAGGUGAAUCUUUGAAAAGAUCAGUCCCUCCUAAAGGACAAUUACAAUUUCAAAAUGAACCAAAGAAAGAUCAAUUUGAUAAUGGAAUAAGAAGACACGUGUUUUGGAGUUGCGAUUUGAAUGAUACAUAUAUUUAUCGUGGAGGAGUAUUUAUUUAA